AUGUGGCGUUUCUUCAGGCCACGCGCCAGCACUCUCGCUGCUCGGGCGCUCGCUCCGAAGGUCCAAGGCCAACAGACCAUCGUCGUCCAGAGGGUCAAGGUCACAAAGUCUCGAUUCAGGGCCAGGUCGUUCUUCCUCGGCGCAGGCAUCUCGCUCGCCUGUUGGCAAAUGUACUGGUCGACCGUCCUUAACCCAUUCUUCCGACAUGUCGACCGCGAAUACGAGAGUCUUUCGGCCGCCGAGAAGAAGGCGCUAGAUGAGGAGAUGGAUGAGGAGACCGAGCCUUGGUUUAUUCCCUUCCCGUUUACGACGAAACAAGUCAGCCAGCCGCCGUACAAGGGCACCGACCCGGAGUGGCGACAAUACGUGAGGAUUAGCAAGGACAAGGAGCUCCAAAACCACAUACGGGCUGACCUGGCCCACUGGGUGCGAAGCGCUGUCGAGAGGCACCCUACCUUGACGGCGAGGUGUGGCAAUGUGGUGAACCUGCGGAGAUACUGGCUGGACAUAGAUUUUCCAUACCGUCCGCCGCCAGUAUACUACUCUUCUGGGCUGCGCAAGAUUCUCUGGCCAGAAGCCAUGACACUCUCGACAUGGGCCUUCACGUCGGCCCUGGUGAAGCAGCACUUCGAGGGCAUAUCUCGCGCGCUCGGCUUCGAGCCUAGCAAGCCGAUGUCGCCGUUCCCGUCAUUACCAGGCGGCAAUGUACAGCAGACCAAGUCUGAAGGGCCGCUCCCCUCAGCUAACAGACAGACCCCGGACGGAACUCCUGCAGAGAACGCCUCCCACGAUGUCAGCAAGACUUCUGACUCACGACAAUCGGGAGAACCCGAGAGCGGCGGCAGGACCAACUUCGUCAGGGACACAGCCAUGUCUCACAUCGAAGGCAUGAAGCAGAUCACAGAUGGCCCUGCCCGCGAGUUCAGAAAGAAACUGGCACAGUCAUGGAAGCCUACCCGAUCUUACCCUCCGCGAGGCUGCAUCCUGGUGUCCGGCUUUGUCGAGAUCGAGCUGCCCAGAGGCUUCGUCGUUAUUGACGUUUGGGGCCACUGGAAUCCCAAGACGGAAAAGUUCGAACCCAGAUCGACCUACAUGAUACUCAGAAGAAUACAAAUGAAGCAACAAGCCCCUGCUCGGGGCUGA